AUGCCCACCACCACCUCCCAAGACCCGUCCCAGCAACACCAACAAAAACAACAACGAAUCCCUAACCCCCGCCGCCUCCUCAUCCUCUCGCCCUCUUCGCAUUCCCCCACCACCAUUCCUCCCUUCCUGCACGCCCUCACCGGUACCCCGGUCCUCGAGGCCCCGUCUACAGCUACAGCCACAGCUACAUCUACAACAACACCGAGUUUCGCAGGCUACACGACCCAUCCGCCCCUGCAGAUCCGUAAUCGGUAUUAUGUCGCUGAGGUGCCGGUUUGGGUUGAUGAGAUUGCGCUGGAGGGAGAGUCAUCCUUGCCCCCAGUUUCAACCUCAACAGCAACAGCAGAGCCAGCACAGCCCCAGUCCGCGAACAAAUUCGAAGGAGAACAAGAACAAAUAGAAGAACCCAUAACCACGCCCUCGCUCUGGAAAAAAGAAUUCUCCGGCCCAGAAGCCCAAGUCGUGAGGGAUGCUAUUGGCGCGGUGGUUUUGUGUAUCGUGAAUCCGACCCCCGGGGCCUCUUCUUCUUCUUCUUCUUCUGGUGCUUCCGGGUCAAGUUCAAAGACGGAGAUAGCGCCGGAGACGCAGACGCAGGUUGAUCGACUUAGGGAGUUUCUGCGCGCGGUUGGGGACGUGCGCGCUUUGAUUGAGGAGGAGAGGGGUGGGUUGGGGGAUGUACCUGGACUGGUUGUUUUGGUGGGAGGAGGGGGGCAAGGUGCGACGGGCCAGCAGAAGAAACAGGAUCUAGGGGGUGGGAGAGGAGGAGGAGGAGGAGGGCAGGGCUCAGGGAUGGGUGAUUUAAGUGCCGAUCUAGGUGGCGAUCUAGAUCUGGAUGUCGAUGCCGAGGAACCGUUCUCUGUCCCCUGGUGGGAAGAUCAAUUAUAUGAGAUGGGGUUGAUUGGGAUGGAAGUUGUGAGUUGGGAUCCGAAGGCUGGAGGGGGGGAGGAGACGGAGGAGAGGAAUCAGUUUGGAGAAUACCAAGGCCUGCGCCGCAUCCGCGAAGUCCUAGAAACGCACGACUGGGCGCCAUUGUCUCUUUCUGACGACGAAGACAAGGACGGCGAUGUCGAGGCCGACGAGAUCGAGAAGAUGCUGCUCGGUGCGGACGCCGACGAGGACGAGGACACGGGUUUUGGGCUGGAAGUUAACGAGCUGGAGCGCGAGAUGGUGGGGUUGCGGUUUGCGAUUGAGCGAGGUGGAGGGAGUGGGCGGCCGGACGAGGAUUCGGAGCAUGAAGGUGAUGAUGAGUUGAGGGUUGAUGCGGUCGAGGCGUUGAUGUUAAGGAUGGCUGCUAUUAGAGAUAUGAGCGAGGAAUUACCCGAACAUGAACGCAAACGAUUCGCGGCCAAGGCUGUACGAGAUAUCAUGAAGGAGAUAUGA